AUGACUCGGGCCGGCAUGUGAGUGACUGAGUGCGAGCUGUGCUGGCCGCCCGGCGCCCCUGUUGCCAUGGCGCCCUGUGCGGCCGCACAGCUCGCACACCCCUAAGGCCGGCCCUGGAUGUAGGGCACCCUCUACCUGUUCACACUCAGUAACUGAUGGAGUCAGGGUGUAGGGCACACUCACACUCAGUUACUGAUGGAGUCAGGGUGUAGGGCACUCUACCUAUUCACACUCAGUAACUGAUGGAGUCAGGGUGUAGGGCACCCUCUACCUGUUCACACUUAGUAACUGAUGGAGUCAGGAUGUAGGGCACCCUCUACCUGUUCACACUCAGUAACUGAUGGAGUCAGGGUGUAGGGCACACUCACACUCAGUUACUGAUGGAGUCAGGGUGUAGGGCACUACCAGCUGCACUGUGUAUCCCUGAUGAUGUUCAGAAUGCCUUUGCAAUGUCCAGGAUAGCCACGAGUGAUGUAGGCUAUUUACACAGAAUACCAAGCAAAAUAUUUAAUUAUUCAUUAUGUUGUUAUGCAUUCUCUAGAAAGGAGCUUGAUGAUCUCUGAGCCUGUGCUUCUUCUUUACACAGGGAGAACAUACUUGUGUUGGACGUGUUCUUCGAGGCUCUAAAUUAUGAGACGAUUGAACAGAGGAAAGCAUAUGAGGUGGCUGGAUUGCUGGGUGAGUUUAGACUUUCUACAGAUUCCUGAAUGCCCCAAUAAUUACGGAAUAUGCCAGGGUUAAACCUCAGUACAUACCACUUGCACAGCCCUAUAUACUAUUCCCACUGCAUACACACACAGCCACAAACACACACACGCAGCCAAAAACACACACUACCUAUCAAACACUGAGUCCUGGCUGUCUAUACCUGGGUAGAACAUUCCAUUUUUGGAUUAAAAUCUUUAAAUAACAAAUUAUUAUGACAACGUAGCUGUACUGCUGGGGCUAACAUCAUAUACAGUGUUUUUAACCAGAAAACGAAGCCAGGCCUGUGUAUACACAAGGCCGAGAGGGAAUGAUUUGAUUAGCCUUAACCAUCUCAACUGGGAGUCUGUUCUGUGAUUUAAAAACUCUGUUGUUUAAAUCUCUCUCGAGUUGCAAACCUGUGCUUGCUUGUCUGAGACACUAUAUUCCUUCAAAUUUUUUUUUUUUAUUUCACAAAAUAACCUUUUUGCUUCCAGCUAUUCUCUAUCUCUGAAACCUGCUCCCCUGCUGUCCUGUUGUGUUACGGUUUCAGAAAUGUCUAUCAUAUCUCUGUCUCCCUCUGUCAAGCAAUGUUAAGGGCUGCCGUUGAUGUACAGGGCUAGAAAAAGUAGUAUGGUAGAUUAUUAUAAUGAGAGGCUGUAAUCCCUGUGGCACACAAUACAUUAAACUACAAAGUUCCAUUCCUUAGACUGCAGAGGGAAAGUGUUAGAGAUUUGGAUUCUUGUCACUUGCCCUCUGGGCUUGUCUUGUCUUUCUGACAUUGCUGUGUUUUCUCCAACAGGAGAUAUCGGGGGUCAGAUGGGACUAUUUAUAGGGGCGAGUAUCUUGACAAUCCUGGAACUGUUUGACUAUAUUUAUGAGGUGAGUACAAAUUCACUGCAAGUUACACUCACUGCUCUGUGUAUAAUACAGAUACACUCACUGCCCUGUGUAUAAUACAGAUACUCUCACUGUGCCCUGUGUAUAAUACAGAUACACUCACUGCCCUGUGUAUAAUACAGAUACUCUCACUGUGCCCUGUGUAUAAUACAGAUACACUCACUGCUCUCUAUGUAUAAUACAGAUACACUCACUGCUCUCUGUGUAUAAUACAGAUACACUCAGUGCUCGGUGUAUAAUACAGAUACACUCACUGUUCUGUGUAUAAUACAGAAACACUCAGUGCUUGGUGAAUGAUACAGAUACACUCACUGCUCUGUGUAUAAUACAGAUACACUCAGUGCUCUGUGUAUAACACAAAUACACUCACUGCUCUGUGUAUAAUACAGAUACACUCAGUGCUCUGUGUAUAACACAAAUACACUCACUGCUCUCUGUGUAUAAUACAAAUACACUCACUGCUCUCUGUGUAUAAUACAGAUACACUCACUGCCCUGUGUAUAAUAUAGAUACACUCAGUGCUCUGUGUAUAAUACAGAUACACUCACUGCUCUCUGUGUAUAAUACAGAUACACUCACUGCUCUGUGUAUAACACAAAUACACUCACUGCUCUCUGUGUACAAUACAGAUACACUCACUGCUCUGUGUAUAAUACAGAUACACUCAGUGCUCUCUGUGUAUAAUACAGAUACACUCACUGCUCUGUGUAUAAUACAGAUACACUCAAUGCUCUCUGUAUAAUACAGAUACACUCACUGCCCUGUGUAUAAUACAGAUACACUCAGUGCUCUGUGUAUAAUACAGAUACACUCAGUGCUCUGUGUAUAAUACAGAUACACUCACUGCUCUCUGUGUAUAAUACAGAUACACUCAGUGCUCUGCGUAUAAUACAGAUACACUCACUGCCCUGUGUAUAAUACAGAUACACUCAGUGCUCUCUGUGUAUAAUACAGAUACACUCACUGCUCUGUGUAUAAUAGAUACACUCAGUGCUCUGCGUAUAAUACAGAUACACUCAGUGCUCUGCGUAUAAUACAGAUACACUCACUGCUAUCUGUGUAUAAUACAGAUACACUCAAUGCUCUGUGUUUAAUAUAGAUACACUCAAUGUUCUGUGUAUAAUACAGAUACACUCAGUGCUCUCUGUGUAUAAUACAGAUACACUCAAUGCUCUGUGUAUAAUACAGAUACACUCACUGCUAUCUGUGUAUAAUACAAAUACACUCAAUGCUCUGUGUAUAAUACAGAUACACUCAGUGCUCUGUGUAUAAUACAGAUUUACAUUUCGUUUGGGCAGCAGAUCUAAGCUUUCUGCCAUUUCCUUCAUUUGUAUUUUUAUCUACCUCUGUGCUGUGACUACUGAAAUUAAAAGGGAUUAAAAAGCUCUCUAUCCAGGAUUUAUGAGAGAGUUAAUAGCUGCAGACUGAGAUCCUCUCGGUUGAGUCCUGUCUCUGGUAGAGAACUCUCAGAUUCUCUUCUCGCUCACACUGUGCACCCCAGUGCUCUCACUUCCCAAUUCAACUAAUUCCCACCUAACCUAUAUUCUGUAAUUUUGUAACAGAGCAUGAAUGGUCUGUUACGUUGUGUUAAUUUGUUUUUUUAUAUGCUGUGUAGCGUGUUUUUAAGAUAUUUCUAAUAAUAAUACAUUUAAAACGCUUGAAAUGGAACUCAUUGUUCUUGAGGUAUACAUGGCAUGCAUUUAAUUAACCCAGCUAAGCUGAGCAUUCUCCUUGCUACUGCGCACCAUACGUUGUAAAAUAAAUUAGUAAUUAUUACAGAUAGCAUGAAUAGAAAAAAAGACAAAGAGGAAGAGUAGGUGUGGUGGAUGCUGUGAAAUAUAAGGGCUGAAAAGAGUUAUGCGCACACGAGGCAGAGACAGCUUGGGGCAUUGACUGAACUUGACGACGUUACUGCACCUUUUGUCAAGUUUUGCCAAUUUGAGGAUUUACCAGUAGACAAAGUAGUCCCUAUUUUGUCAUAAGCUAUCCUUUGACUACAUUGGACAUUCAGCAAUGUUUGUAUAAGCAUGUUCUUUAUGAGAUGCUCAAAACUAAUUUGGAGACAGAGUCCAUUUAAAGUCAACCUGCCAUGACAGAUAUAGGUUUGCAGUUUUCUAAGCAUCUGCUUAACUCAUGUUGAAGAAUUAAGCAUUUCUCCCUUUAAUACUAUUAAAAGCUGAUAUUUUCACUGAUUUCCAUAACACUUCUCUCCUGCUGAGAGCAUCAAUCAUGUUUUCAAUGGGUGUUAUACUUAGUGUAAGACACACCUCUUCCGUAUUCCCUUGUUUGGGAGCACAGACUUGCUUUCAGUAAAAGGUCCCCAACACUUUAUGUUGGCUUUGUGUAAAUAAAAAGUAUCUAUUCUCUCUCUCCAUUCUCAGAUUGCAUGUCCAAAGCUGAUGCAAUGAAUCAUUCUGGAUGUUUCUCUCCAAACUGCUGCUGGUGCUGCUCUAGCAACUUCACCUUGCAGGCAUUGCCAUCACUUAUUUUGAAUUUAAGCAGGAGUCAUGCUCAAAGGAAGGUUUCCCUGAUAAUAGACUUGUAGAGCACAGCCUCAUAAUAUCUGUGCCAAUUGGCACUGACUGAAAAGAGGGGGUGGGAUGGUUUUUAACCUCUGAUUUAGAAAUGUAGACAUUUGCUAGCACAUCUGCUAGCAUGAUGUAUAGAUGAAAUUCUUUACCAGUUGUAUUAUCAUAACUGCUAACUUUUAAUGUCUUUCGGAAUCUAGAUGAAAAUUAUGCUACACUGGGAGUGGAGAAAUGCACUAAUAAGUUGUAAAACCAGAACUUUUUAUAAAGUGUGCCAGCAGUUUUUAAUCAGUCGUCUGAUGAGUUGUAGACACCAUUAACAAAAAUGCAAUGAAGGCGUAAAAUGUUGCUCAGCAGAAAUAAUAAGCAAAUAAAUACCCAAGUCUGUUUUGUCUAUGUCAGGUCCCCUGCCCCCGUGCCGCUCGCGGUGACCUUGCUUACCUCAUCACAGCGAGCGGCGUCAUCUGGUCCCUGUCUCCAGACUGGCAGUGUGUCUGACACUGCACGCUCCACAGCACACAGUGAUGACCUCAGAGACCACAAGGGAGGGAAGAAACUCCUCCCACGUGUUGUGGUUAACACUAAUUGGAGAUUAGCCAAUCAGACACACCCUAUGUGUAUAUAAGAUAACCCCUCCCUUGCCUCGGUGCCCUGUUGUGGUCUUUGGUUUACCAUUGAGCGUUGCACUUGUUAUUUGGAUUUCGUGGUUACGUCUCUCUGUUUUCCUUGACCUCGGCUCGUGUUUUGACUAUCCCUUUUUGCAUAAUUCGACCAUUCUAAGGAUCGGUAUUGCAAUUCUCUCUACUCUGUCCUGUCUUCGUGUUAGGGUUCCCUAGUGAACGUUACAGUCUAAUUUAUGUGGGAGUUUAUAUACCAAAGUAGCUGAAAGCGCAGAUCCAACUUAGCAAAAGCAGGGAUGGUUGCAGCUUUUCCAAUAUUGCUGGUUUCAGGAAACCCAUACUCCAGUCGCACUGCAAACUUCCACAAGUGUAUUUGGAGAUUCAGGGCCCUUAUUAGCACACUCAGUUGUAGAAACUUUAGACAUUGGAACAUUGGAAUACCAAAACAAAGUCAACUUCACAAAUGCUGAAGUCACUGUUAGAAGGCAGCAGGUCCGUCUUUUGAGUGGGGCAGGUGGGGUAAUAGCCCUAGACGUCUUACUUUGGAGGGGCCCCGAGAUUGUAAAAGCCGUAAUGGGGCUGUCUGUAACAUAGUAACAUGAAGACUGAACGUGGGUGUCAAUAUAUUAUGUAAUAUAUUGGCACUUCCUGGCUCUAUAAUGAGCAGCAGGGCACUGAGGGCAAGCAAGGGGCAAGCCUGGGCAGCCCAGGGUAUAGAGAGGAUAAAAGUACACAGCGUGUGUGUGUGGGGGGGUGUUUGUGUGUAUAUGUGUGUGUGCUUGACUGCAUUUACAUCUGUGUGUGUUACCAUCUUUCGCUGGAUGUCAGUAUGGCUGUUUGUGUACAAGCAUCUUGCUGUGUUUGAGAAUCUAUGUGUGUGAGCAUCUGUGUGCGUGAGCAUGUCUUGUGUAUAGAACACUUGCGUAUGAAAGUUCUCUGUGUGCAUGUACAUGUCUGCAUGUGUGUGUCUGCACUAGGCUGACAGAAGAGAGGUCUUUUAAGAAUGAAGGCACAAUUUUUUUUUUAUCAAACACAAUUGUGUUUUAUGAGCUACUGCUAAUAUUUUGCAUUUCCUUGCAUUGCAUUAACAUGCAAAUACACAGUGCUGUGCAGAAUGAGAUAUUUAGUGCCACACAUCUCAUCUCUAAAUAAUGAUUUUGACCUGUAUUUAUUUUUGUACAACUGAGUGGACUGUCUGAAGUGACGUAAUAUUAUAUUAAGAUAAUAAUAUAAAGUUAUAAAGAUAACAUCUAUCAGUAAAGUUGGAUUUAAUAUGCAAUUCGGUGUGACAGAGUGUAGAAGUACUAAUAAUAGCUCCAAUUUUAGCACUGACCCACUGAUGACAACUUGGUGACAGUAACUUGUCGUGGGAUUGGUGAAGUGGCUAAAGGAAGAGACAACUGAAUUUUGGCAUUUUUCGCCUUUCCCCGGAUUUUUCACAGACACCGAAAAUUUAUCAAGUUUAUUUUUUUCAUUGAUUUGCUUUGACAGUCUCCAGUGUGCUUGCUAGAAAUUUUCAGCAUUUUUUUUUUUAAGAAAGAUUGAUUCAGUCAAUUUUUAAGUGCACAAAUCUUCCCGCAAUGAAGAAUCCAAUGUCUUUUUUUUUUUUUUUUGUAUUUUCACAAUGAUAUCAGGCUCGUUUUAUUUGUACAGCUUACUGCCUGUACUUUUAUCCGCGUACACAGAAAUAAGAAAUGACCUUAAUACCAAGCAAGAUCAUGUAAAAUUAGCAUUAAAUUGCACUUGUUUUUCUAAUUAACUUUAAUAUCCCUCCUCCUGUGAAGCCACAUGCAAAUUCCCUAUUUUUAUCCCCCCUCCCUUCAUUAAUCUUUCUAAUUUUCUUUACAUCUGUCACUUUAGCUCUUAUCUCUCCUCCUUUCUAUCUGAUUGAAAAAUUGUGCAUGCAUGAAUGCCAUUGUAAUGGCAUCAAGAAUGUAGGCCCUCUGCAGAGGAGAUAAGAGAAACGAGUAAUGGGUUUCACUCGUCAUUUUACUUAAUGUACCAAAGUACUUUGCUCUGGGUGUACCUGUUUCAUUUCGAGUGGACGUAAGUAGGUUCUUGCAUUCUCAAGAGCCCCUUCCUGAGUCGCUUGCAGGGGGAGACUGCACAGUGUUCCAUCUAAUGCACCUAGAGCUACUGUGAUGGUCAGAGCAUCAUGGCCUCUAAAGUACGCAAUACAUUAUCACUACUUUAAAGAUACUGUAACAGUAUAUGUGUUAAAAGGCACUUCUUAGAAUAAGCCUUAACCUGCGUAUCUUUGAUACUGUUAGCCUGUGAGUAGAAAAUAUCCUGAUCCCUAGGCAUUUUCUAGGUACACCCUGUAUUGAAGGUAACAAACAUCUACAUUUAAAGAGUUCUUGUUCUGUCUAAUUGUUCCGAACACUGAGCGCAAGAUUGCUGAACAUGGCAUCCCCGAUGUUUGUAGACCACUUUUCCUAUAGUGAUCAGUUAGCCUAGACCAGUGCUCCUCAACUCUCUCCUCAAGGCACAUCUAACAUUCCAGAAUUUAGGGAUUACCCAGGUGUGUCUAAAGUGUUUAAAAAAACUAAACACCUUGGACUCUAUAGUGUUUUUUCUUUCUUUUUCUAAGCACCUAAUUAUUAUUGUUAUUAUUAUUUUAUUAUUUAUAUAGCGCCAUCAGAUUCCGUAGUGCUGUACAAUGGGUGGACUAACAGACAUGAAAUUGUAACCAGACAACUGGACGUACAGGAACAGAGAGGUGGUGGGCCCUGUUCAAUGAGCUUACAUUCUAGAGGGAGUGGGGUAUAGUGACACAAAGGGUAAAAGUAGGGUACAAAGUAGGUUGUUAGAAAAGUAUUCACUGAAGACUUAGUUGGUCAUUUUUGACAGUUGCAGGAGAGGAGUCAUUGGGGGGGGGGGAAUGAAAACCUGCUAACAGUUUAAUUGAUACGCUUUCUUGAAGAAGUGAGUUUUCCAUGAUUUUUUUGAAGGCGUGGAGACUGGGUGAAAGUCUAACGGAGAAAGGAAGGGAGUACCACAGAAAAAGUGCAGCCUUGGAGAAGUCUUGGAGGUGAGCAUCAGAUGCGGAAGUAUGGACAGAGGAUAGACGUAGGUCUUUGGCAGAACGCAGGGGCCUCGACAGGAUAUACUUGUGUAUUAGGGAGGAUAGGUAGGUUGGAGCAGCAUUAUGUAUGGACUUGUAAGCAAGCACCAGAAUUUUAAAUUGAGCCCUAUAUCUAACUGGAAGCCAAUGUAGGGACUGACAGAAGGGUGAGGCGUGGUAUAUGCGACCGGACAGGAACCUUAGACACAACUGGGUAAGGUGUGUGUUCAGCAGCACCAAAGGAGUCUCAGUGCUGGAAAAAUGUGAAUAAAAAGCUUUUUUUCAAAAUAUUUUGAGUGCAAAAAGGAGUUAUAUCUCUAAAUGUAACGGAUCGAUGGGCACCUCGACUGGGUACCUCCAUUGAAGGAUGCUCCUAGCGCUUCUUGAGAGUUUCCAGCACUCCAGCAGACACCAUAACCAUCGUAGACUCCUUCAGAGAGCAAAACAGGAACAAGCUCUUACAAGAGCUUAGCAGUGAAUUUAGCAAGAGAGAAUGCAGAGCAUAGCAAUCCCUUGUAGCAGAUUCCCCCAAUAAGAGACGGCACUCCAAAUUGAGGGUGAAGUAGAACUGCCAGAGCUGUGUUUUUUUUGUCCUUAUAUACACAUUCUUACACAUUAGUACCACCCACAGGGUUUUGUAAACCAACCAAUAAACACGUACAAUACACUCAGACACUCCCAUACAAAAUCCUCCCCUCUGCCUGUGAUACAAUUACCUUACACAAUGGGUUAAUGUAAUUAUCACAGGCAGGAAAAUACAGUUUUACACAAUAUUCAUAACUUUAAAAGUAUGUAUCACAUUCACAUAAAACUUACAUUUUCAGAAUCAGCAUACUCCAGUUCCACAGAGUAUUCUAUCCUGGAGAUAAUUGGGAAGUAAUCCAAUUAUCUCCAAGGAAAGAGGCAAAACUCCAUUAGCCACAUGGUAGCAAAAGACAAUAAAAUACAUAAAUAUAUAUAACUGUGCAGCUAUUGCAUAAAACAGGUACAUUCAACAUAUCCCCAGAUAGCUUAGAUCUGAGCGCACAUUAUUACUGAAUGGCGCUCAGAUCACAUACAUACAGUUCAAUUGCCAUGGAGCCAAAGUCUUUCACAUAGUCUUUCGUUAUACGAAUGGGCUCCAUGGCAUAGCUAUCUGGGGUAUCACUGUUCAAAUAGGGAAAGUACCGAAUAACCCGGCUUUCGGGUCUUUUCAGGGGAAAAUCAAGCAUUUCAACAUGGGGCCGUAGUCACAGGGCAGGAAGCUGGCAAUCAGUCUUCUUCAAUGCCCAGUGGCCAGGCUGGUUCCGCCACACUAAAUAUAACUAGAGAUGUAGUAUUCCUAUAGUGUUCCUUUAAAAGAAAAUGCUAAGCACCAUAAGCCAUACAGUUUAGUGUAGUGGUUAUGGUGCGAGGAGUUUAUGGUUCCUCACAUUUUUUGUCACGGUGUUUCUGAGUGGUUUGACAGCCAGUGUGACUGUGAAGACGUUUCCUUUUAUCAUUAUUCUGCAAAAAACAUAUAAAUGCAUGUUGUAUGUAUUAGCUGAGCUGAAUAGUCAUUAACCCCUUCAGCAGUGCUAAAAAUGAGAGGCUUUUCUAUUACAGGGAAUUUUCUGUCAGAUAAAUGGAAAAAAAGGCUCGACUUAAAAUGGAGGGACUGCACCUGCAGCUUCUUUUCACCAUAACCGCGAUUAGAAAUUAUUACAAUAGGAAUAAAAAAUAAUUCAAACAUAAAAAAUCAUGUUUUUUAUGUUUGAUAGAAUUGAAACACGCUUUCCCUAUUUUCAAAUAAAACUGCUCAGCUCAGCCCUCUGGACUUAUGGAAUGCUGCUUGUUAAAGAUAAGGAAGAUUGUCACCAGAGGUUUUAAUGAAAGAAAUGUAACUUUAUCUGCUGUACACAUUCUCUAGUCAUAAAACGCUCUUCAAAUCGUAUCAGAUAUGCUACACUUUGCAUCUCCGUGUUAGAACUAUUGCCCUUUUUAAAUUCUUCCUAUAUCCUUUUAGUUAUUCCAUCUGUAGUUCUCAUUAAUACUAUCUACAACCUUACGUUAUCAAUUUUAUAUAUAUAUAUAUAUUAUUUUAUGUUAUUUAUUUUAUGGUGCUACAGUUAUUAAAGAAAAUUAAUGUAAAUAAAGCUUCGGGGCCUGAUGGUAUUCACCCACGAGUACUUAAGGAGUAACUAUGUAACUAUGGUAAGUUAAAGGGACACUAUAUCACCAUAACAACUACAGCUUAUUGUAGUUGUUCUGCUGAGUAUAGCCAGUCCUGUAGGGUUUUUGCUGUAAACUCUGCCUUUUCAGUGAAAAGGCAGUGUUUACACUAUAGCCUAGGAAGACCUCUGGUGGCACUCCUCAGACGGCGAGUAGCGGUGCUUUCUGGGUCAGUACUGCACACAAUGCUUUCCUGUGGGAAAUCAUUGUGAUUGGCUGAAAUCAUUAAGGAGGCAGAUCGGGGGGAGGGGGUUGGAAAAAAAUAAGGUGGGUUUUUACAAUAUUUUAACAGGGCAAGCAGAGGUCAUGGGUGCUAAAUAAUGUUUAACAAUAUAGAUUGCUUCCCUUUGAUGAAAAAAAAGGUACACUUUAUUUCAACUAUUUUGUUUUGUCAUUAAAGAAAAUAUUUAACAUAAUACAUACCUGCACAUUUUUGAGAAUUAAUUUUCCAAAAGUAAAUUUUGAUAUAUUGCUAUUCAAGUUAACUAAAGGCAUAAAGGUCACAAAAAAAGCUGAAUUCACAGUUGGAUUACUCAUUAUUGAGAUUUUAAGUAAUAAUUUCCCUGAAAGUAAUAAUCCUAACGAUUAAACUGAUACUUGCAAUUUUAUUAUAGGGACACUAAAGUCACCCAGACCACUUGAUCUCAAUGAAGCUGUCUGGGUGGUGUCCCUGUCAUUGUAAGCUGCAGUGUAAAAUAAUGAAGGGUUAAACAGAACUCUAAAAGCUGUCUUGUAGGAAGCCACCAGAAGCACUUUUACCCCCCUGACUGAGUAAAACUGCAGCUUAGAGGAAAACAUUGCAUUCAAUGCUUUCCUAAGAGAAGCGUUGAAUGCUCAAGUGGAGCACCCUGCCUUGCACAUCAGGUCCCCAAUGCUCAUCUACAAGGAGCAUUUGACUGGACCACCUAUGGAACAAGAGACGCAUCCUCAAAGAGGUUUCAAGAGACACUUAAAAAGUGUGAGCAAAAAGUUUAAAAAAUAUAUUUUUAUGCCAAGCGGGAGUUGCAGUAGGUGAGUGAUUUCAGUAUUUUUUUGUGUGUGUGCUCUGUUCCUUAAUCUGUUAUUUUGUAUAUAUUUUGGUCUUUACAGCAGCACCACUACUUACAAAUAUAUGUUCCGAGUGUACCCCACAUUAGAUAGAUGCAUUGAAUUGAUAGCUAACCUUGAAAAUAUAUGACGUAUUUGGAGACACAUUUGUUCUUUUAACCUUUCUGAGAACAUGCAACCUAUGACUAAAUACUAUGUCAAUGAUAUACUACAUAGUGCUAAUCUGUGAUGGCUUCUUUCACUUUUUAUUGUUGUGAAAUAUUCUAAUUUUGGUUAUUUUCAGCUGAUCAAAGAAAAACUGUUGGAUCUCCUUGGAAGGGAGAAUGAGGAUGGAAGGCGAGCAGAGGAUAUGGUGAGUUGUCUGUACGGGUCGGAUGCUACGUAACAGGAUAUUAAUUAACCAAGACUCACUGCAGAUAUCAAUGUGGACAUAUACAGUUGUGGUCAUGUGUAGUUGUGUUCUAACACAGGUAGAACUGGGGAUUAGUGCUUUAUGGGGGUUCUAGAAUCUACACAUAGCGGACUAAAGCAAAAUUUGCAGUCAGGAACAUUUUCUAGAUAUGAAUUAUCAAGGCAUAUAUUGGCCAAUUAUCAAUAGUAUAAUCCCAAAAUGGCUAUUCUACACAUCUGUCCUGAUAUAUUGUUCAGUCAUACCAAUGGCAACGGGCAAGUAUUCUUUAGCUAACAAGUGGUUCUCAAAAUGGAGCUUAUUGAAGACCUAUAAUCAAGUUCCAAAUAUUUAAACAAAAGAGGUCUAUGCAUAAAUUGUGAAUUGUUGGUGGUCUUAAAUGUCCAAUGUAAAAAUCAUGACUGCUUUAGAGUUUUUUAAAACGUAGUACUGAACUGAUAUUCUGAAGAGAUGCACUAAACUGGUAGUAGAAGACAAUGGGCAAAGUACAAUGGGCAAAGCCUCUCCGAUCCCCGGUUUUCUACGAAGUGAAUCUACUAAUAUCAAAGAUGUUACAAUGUUUAGGUCUACAGAACACAAAGAAUUGGUGUUUCUGACUCAACAGAAUGAGGUCACUUGUAUUCCACCAUAGUGCUUAUUUACUAUAUCUAUUUUUAUCCAGUCUGGAUAUAUCUGCUCACACUACAAGAAGGCUGAUGACACAUAUGGAGCAUAAAUGUCCCUCUUGUGUACAAAUAUAAAUUGUGUUCUUAAUUAGAUUUGUCCUUUAUAAUAGAGGUUUUAUAAGGUAUAUAAAUAUAUGUGUGUGUAUAUAUAUAUAUAUAUAUAUAUAUAUAUAUAUAUAUAUAUAUAUAUAUAAUGUCCAUAUAAAAAAUAUUUAGGUCAUUGUUUGACCCAUGUCCCAUAUUCCUAGAGUGAGACAAAACAUUUACUAUGAUAUUUUCUUAACUCGACUAGAAACUGAAGAUGGAUUACGUUUUCAUUCUCUAUACACACACACACACACACACAUUUCUGAUGGUAUUAAACACAUUUUCACAAAUCCGCUGGGUUUUACAGAAUUACUUGAAUGGUCAAGAUUUGCUACAGUUCUCUAAUUCAGCUUUUAAAUUCACUUUGAAUUACAAACAAUUCACAAUUUAGUGAAUAAAUAGAUUACGUUUAAACGAGCAGUAAAUUUGCAAAAAUACUUAAAUAGUGUGAUCUUCCAAAUACACACAGCGGUAUUCAUGAAAAUGAGAAUUCAAGGUGAAUUCAAAGUGAAUUUCAAAUUUAAGGCCAGAGUAGCUGAAUGGAAAGCAUAGCUGACUGAAAGAACUUUUCCAGUUUGGCUAUUUUGGCCUUAAAGGAACACUAUAGGGUCAGGAACACCAACUGAUCUGCCUCCUUGGCUGACAUCAUCAGAAGUGGUGAUCUCAGUCAAUCACAAUUCUCAGUGUAGUGAAGAGCCCUAUCUGUGUUAACCCCAAAUAUACAAAUGAUAUUCUACAAAUUAAAAAAAAACAAAAACAAUAAAAUAAGCUGCUUGACCAUCUGCUUACUUACUCUUUCUGCAGAGCACUUGUGACACCAUGCCAAACCAUUCAGAAACUAUUAGCCACACUGUGACUGUCCCACUGCAGGCCACCAUGGGGACACUGGAGGAAAUUGCCUGCUGA